AAACUGCAACAAACAAACACAACAAAUAAAAAGCAAAACGGAAGUAUAAAAUGGCUGUCUUAUUUGGUUUCUGGCAGCAAGAAUAUAAUAUUUAAUUAUAUUAACACGAAAAAGCAGUGACUGUGAAAAUGUGCUUUGAACGUGGCUUUGGAGCACAAAGGCCCACCGAGAAAAUGUAGAAGUGGCUAUUCGGUGUUGAUUCUAUUCUCGCAGAUAGAAAAUCGGUGCAAAGGAAAAAACAAAAAUACAUUCAAACACACGAAUGUAAAUUUAAAGGCAAAAUUUCGAGAGCAGAAGCGGGAAGAGAGGACACACCACACCACGCGAUAAAGAUAAACUCUCGGGGUCUCCCAGGUCAAACCGCACUGAUACGGAUACUAAUACCACUGAUAAGGAACAGCUACAGGCCACGGUGACUCUGCGGAGGAGCUACUUCUAACCGCCGAAUAACCAGGUAGAGCGGUCGACUCGGCCGCCGAGUUUAUCAGCGAUCCAGGGGGGAGCAUGUCGCACGGCAGCGUCGGUGGAAGUGGCGGCAGUCUGGGCGCGCAAACGGUGGGUGCCGGCAGCAUUGGUGGCGGUGCAGCGGCAGCAGCAGCGGCAGCGGGCGGCGGCAACGGUGAAUACCGGGAACUCCACUGGACAGUGUCGAGCGUGAUGGACUCAUCACGCGUCUCCACCUGCCUCAUCUCGAUGCUGCUGAUUGUGUACGGCAGCUUCCGGAGUCUCAACAUCGAGCAGGAGGCACGCGAGCGGGAGCAAAAGAAGCGCAAUGAGUCCACGACGAAUCUCCUCACUGGGGAGCAUGUCGAAAAGGAGCCAAGCUCUCUGUGCUUCUUUACAGCAGAUAAAUUCGCCACACUAGAUACGAUGCAUGCCCUGUGUCUACCCCUAGGCGCCUCAAUAUCACUGCUCAUCAUGUUCUUCUUUUUCGAUUCGAUGCAGCUGCUCUUUGCCGUGUGUACAGCAAUCAUUGCCACCGUGGCGCUGGCCUUUCUGCUUCUGCCCAUGUGCCAGUAUAUUAUGCGUCCCUGCACGGACGGCAAACGUUUCUCCUUUGGCGUUUGUGGCCGCUUCACGGGCGCAGAGCUCUUUAGCUUCAUGCUGUCUGUGUCGAUUGUAUGCGUUUGGGUUCUAACCGGCCACUGGCUGCUGAUGGAUGCAAUGGGCAUGGGUCUGUGUGUGGCCUUUAUAGCGUUCGUGCGAUUGCCCAGCUUGAAGGUGUCGACGUUACUGUUGACCGGCCUGCUCAUCUAUGACGUCUUCUGGGUAUUCCUCUCCUCGUACAUCUUCAGUACGAACGUAAUGGUCAAGGUGGCCACGCGACCCGCCGAGAAUCCCGUUGGUAUAGUGGCGCGCAAAUUGAAUUUGGGCGGCAUUGUUCGAGACACACCGAAACUGAAUUUGCCGGGCAAACUGGUUUUCCCCAGCAUACACAAUACGGGCCACUUCUCAAUGCUCGGCCUGGGCGAUGUGGUGAUGCCCGGCCUCCUACUUUGCUUUGUGCUGCGCUAUGAUGCCUACAAAAAGUCACAGGGCGUCACCUCGGAUCCCACUCUAUCAACGCCAAGAGGUGUGGGCUCUAGGCUAACAUAUUUUCAUUGUUCCUUAUUGGGCUAUUUUUUGGGUCUGCUAACGGCCACGGUCAGCUCGGAGGUGUUUAAAGCAGCACAGCCAGCGCUGCUGUAUUUGGUGCCCUUUACGUUAUUGCCAUUGCUGCUGAUGGCCUAUCUAAAGGGCGACCUGCGGCGCAUGUGGAGCGAGCCGUUUAUCACGCACCCACCAUCAAAACAACUGGAAGUCUGAGUGUGUACUCUUUUCUACAAACAGCAACAAGAACAACAAAACCACAAAAAGUAACGUCAAACACAAACCCCACACACACACACACACACACACACACACACACACCCACACCCAUAAGAAAAUCCAUUUACUAAACAAUUUCGUCUCUAAAAUAACAUAUUGAGUAUGUAUUUUUUAAUUAUUCUGUACUAAGUUUCGUUCUAAUUUAGGUGAUACUCGUUUUUCAUAGUGAAAUAAAAUGCAAAAAAUCGAGUAAUUAUAGUUUCUAGCAUUCAUUUCAAUUGGAUUCGAAAACACAGCAAUCAAUCCAUGCAGAUAAUUAGGCAAGAAUAGAUCCAGCCUACAGUUCAUAGGCUUUACCACAUAUAAUAUCAUAAUUAUAGCCGAUAGCGAGAUACUACAAGCAAGGAAAAGUGUUUGGGACUCGUGUUCUUAAAUAGAGAGUCGUCCCUCGGGUAGAUAAUUGAGAACCAGUAUUGCCGUUCUGUAAAUACUUAAGUAUAAAAACAAAACAAAAACCAAAUUUGCAUACAUAAAAAUGAUAAAUGAAAUUCUUGAGAUAAGGAAACCACCAUGCAACAAAUAAUAGUCUGUAAGCUCGCCUUCACACACACACACACAUUUCAUUU